GGUCCUUACUGGAAUGAUAAGGUGUACUGCAAGAUUAUUACCACGUCAUGUCGAUGUUCAAAAGUUACGUCCGAGUGACUCUUUCGGAUCCCAUCACUCCUAUACGGUCUAGCAUACACAUUUAGGCAAGAUGACGACCGCUCAGAAGAUCAAAGACAUCGAAGAUGAGAUGGCGAAGACGCAGAAAAAUAAGGCGACAGAGUACCAUUUGGGACAGCUCAAAGCCAAGCUCGCCAAACUGCGACGAGAGCUCAUUACACCUUCCGGUGGAGGCGGCGGAGGUCCAGGGAUAGGGUUUGAUGUCGCUCGUACGGGUGUGGCUAGUGUAGGGUUCGUCGGUUUCCCUAGUGUGGGCAAAUCAACAUUAAUGUCAAAAUUGACUGGAACACACUCCGAAGCUGCCUCGUAUGAAUUCACAACUUUGACGACCGUACCUGGUACUUUGACGCAUAACGGGGCUAGGAUACAAGUCCUGGAUCUGCCUGGUAUCAUUGAAGGUGCCAAAGAUGGCAAGGGUCGAGGUCGUCAAGUCAUCGCCGUUGCAAGGACCUGUAAUCUCAUUUUUAUCAUUCUGGACGUUUUGAAACCACUGGUCGACCUGGCUAUCUUGACAAACGAAUUGGAGGGCUUUGGGAUCAGAUUAAAUAAGCGACCACCAGCAAUCACCGUGAAGAAGAAGGAAAGCGGAGGAGUGCAUAUCACCAACACCGUCCCGUUGACCAAGGUUGACCCGCAAGAGAUCAAAGCUGUCUGCUCAGAGUACCGAUUGAACAGUUGUGCCAUCUCGGUGCAUCAGCCAGAUGCUACCAUCGAGGACUUCAUCGACGUCAUUGAAGGCAAUAGAGUAUAUGUUCCGGCCAUUUUCGUAUUGAAUAAGAUCGACGCGAUCAGUAUUGAGGAAUUGGAUCUGCUGUACAAGAUUCCCAACUCUGUGCCGAUAUCGAGCAAAAUGUGGCUCAAUAUUGACGAGCUCAUGGAGGUCAUGUGGGACAAACUCAACCUCGUCCGAGUAUACACCAAGCCUCGAGGCCAGGCUCCUGACUACUCGUCGCCUGUUGUGCUGCGACGUGGUCGAUGUACAGUCGAAGACUUCUGCAACGCAAUCCAUAAGGAGAUCGUGAAGCAAUUCAGAAAUGCCAUGGUUUGGGGUACAUCAGCGAAACACUCUCGAGGUCAAAAAGUCGGGUUGGAUCACAUCCUUGAGGAUGAAGACAUCAUCUGCAUUUUCAAAAAAUGAUACGGCUCUUCCGAUUCGGCACUCAAUCAUCAACUGUAUCUCGGCAGCACGACGACACACCAU